AUGGUCGUAAAUUUUCCUUUCACCGGUAAAAUAAUGAACUCUCAAACAUUCUCUCAAAUUAUUCAAAAAAGUAUCGAAGUGAAAAAUUCAAGGCAGUACAAUAAGUCAGGUAUAUGCACCAACCAGUUCGUCGAAAGACGAGGAGGCAGAAAAGCUAUCAAAGAUAUAUCAAAGGCAAAAUUUCUAAUCAUCACCAGUGACUUCAAUGCGAAGUUGUGGCAGAGAACGCAAGGAGAUCCAGAAAACAUCGGCAGCUUUGGACUGGGAGACAGGAAUGAAAGAGGUGAAAUGCUACUCAACUUUUUAGCCAAGGAAAAUUUAUAUUUCCUCAAUACAUUUUUCCAAAAACCAACACAAAGAAAAUGGACCUUGAGAAGCCCGGGUAGUAUCACAAACAAUGAAAUUGAUUACAUAAUAUCAAAUACCAAAACAGUAUGUCGGGACGUCUCGGUACUCAAUACAAUACACACCAGUGGCGACCAUAUACUCGUUCGAGUCCACUUCGUCUUCGAUUUGCAGAAGGAAAGAAAUAGACUUUUCCGGAAAACUUUUUUUCCCACCGCAGAAGAACUUGAAACGAAUAAAGAAAAAUACCAAGAGGAGUUAGAGAACAAACUGCAAGCUGUCAUCUUGGACGAAAAUCUAAGCGUGGAUCAAAUAGUCCAGAACAUAGAAUCUAGUAUCAAUACUAGCGUAAAAAAUAUAUGCAGCAGGAAUAGAACUCCUGCCAAUAGUAAAUUAUCAAUAAACUCCUUGAAUUUCAUGAACAAUAGGAGAAGACUGCGAAGACACACAGAAGAAUACUGA